GCACCGUGGUUUGAACGUCAACAUCAACCGCACCGAUUGGACAACGGAAAGAGCGGACACGUCAAUUGGCUAAACCGGAACCAACGAUAAAAUAAAAGAAACAAAACGGAAACCCCCACCUCACUUGACGAAGAAAAAAGUGUCGAGACAAAAGUCUGAUUUAUAUUGAUUUGAAUUAUCCGCGCGAACGCGUGAAACAGGUGUGACUUACGUAAAAAAAACGCGAAAUUCGAAGACGAACUACAAGGGAGAGCAAAAAAUAACUGCAGCAAGUAAUUCGGUCAACUGCCGCCGCUGCGCCGUCCGGAAGUUUCCGUUUUCGGAAGCUUGGCUGCGUAAUGAAGGUCUGCUGAAGGUAGGCUCAAGGGAAGAUUUAAGCAGAAAAAAAGCAAAACGGAAAAGAAAAGCAAAAAGUGUUGAAAACACGAAGAAAGUCGGUGAAAAAUAAAUGAGCCACUGAGCUGGGGCAAGUGAAUUAUGGCUUAAGGUUUAGAUCUGAGAAGUAAGAAAAAAAGGGGAAUACGUGUUGAAAGUGAAUUGAUGAAGCAAAAGUGAGCAGAGGACGGAUUUGGUUUUUGGUCAAGUUCGCGAAAGUUUUUGGUUUUUUUUUCUGGGUGGCUUUAAUAAAGUUUGCAUAAUGAAAGAGAAACGAUUGAAAGCGUCGUCGUCGUCGCCAAAAAUAAUGUCGUUUCGAUGCGGUUCGGUGAUCUCGAUGCUGGCCCUAGGACUGCUGCUGGAGGCAACGGUCGGAAUUGCCGCCCAAAGGCAGCCGGUCUAUAUCAACAAGUGCUGUAGAAAGGGCGAAUUCUACGAUGAAACGAAAUCCCUUUGCGUAGUCGGAGGAAUCGAGAAGUGGGUCCCGAAAGUGUUCCUACCGGCCAAGGGUCAAAUCUAUGCCGAUAUUGGCAAGGCUCCAGGACACAUGAUUUUCCUCGAAAGUAAACGACCGGAAGGAUGUAAAAUUACUGCCUACAAUUCCGACCAAAUCCUAUUAAUGGGAAAUGGAUCCCUUUUCUUGAGCCAGAAACAUACGCUUGUUUCGUCUCCAGAAUACUGUGUAGACGAAAAAGUAGCCCUAGUUUGUGCCCGAGAUAACGGCAUGGACUCCCUUCAAGCUCCGGAGAAAACGAGCACAGUUUGGCGAUGUUGUGGACCGAAUUUCGCCUACGACAAAGAUAACGCCACAUGCGUAAAGCUAGAUCAAACGCACAGCAACUACAAUUCGAAAAUUGUGCAAUCGGCGCACGUUGAUCUAAGCUUCCGGUUUCCGGACUGUAAGGACCAUGCGAUCGCCGGGAUUUUUAAGCCGGACAACCUGCAGGAAAAUACCGGCUCGGUGACGAUCGAUUCCGGAAAGGUGUUCGCCUCCAAUGAGUACUGCUUGGAGCAGGCUCUGGACGGGAAAACGGUGUAUGUGUUUUCCUGUGUGGAGCAUCUGCAGCCGAAUUCGGUGCCGAUCAAGAAUCAGGAUGUCCGGUUCGCCCUUUACUCGGCCGGGUUGCUGAUUUCGGUCAUUUUCCUGGCGGCGACUCUGGCCACCGGAUACUUGGUGACCUCGCAGCAUCACGUGCUACACUGGCGCUGCCAAACGCACUACGUCGCCUGCCUCCUAAUCGGGGAUCUCUUCCUGGCCAUCGUUCAACUGUCGGGAAAUUCGAUCACUGGCCCAGCCUGCACUAUGAUAGGUAAGUUGAUGCAAUGCAACCUUAACUACCCCACGGCGAAAAAUCCCUGUACUGGUAGCUACGUCGACCUGCCGAACUUGUCCAUCUUCUCCAGGAAACGUCUUCAACACUCUUCCACGAAGCCAGCCGUUCCGAACGCUUUCGUCGACUAUCACCACUAG